GUCAGCCCUGCUGCGGCUCGUUCAUCAUUCAUUCGUUCAUCAAUGAGUUUUCUCGAAUGCUGUCGACACCUUAAAACCUGCAAUUCUUCUUUUCACCCUACGACGUUCACUCUACGCUGUAUCUUGCCAGUUCAGCUACUUUCGUUUUCAACAUCACUUUCGCUUGCUUGAGAACUGUCGAGAAUGGCUCCCGUAUUCGACAAGAGCGGCCUGCUCAUCCGCACCGCCAGAGCGGCCGUCGUCGCUGCCGGCCCGGGCGUGGCCCAACUCGCAACGCGCGAUGUGGCGCUUUCACGCCGCGACUUGACAGUCAGCAGCGAUGCGCAAAAGGUGACGCUGGGGAUAAUAGCUGCCUACGUCGUCGUCAUCGCGCUGCUGUGGAAUUUGCCUUAUGUGCGAUGGAGUUUAUGGCCUUUCAAGAUGCUGGUCAUUGCCUUUCACGAGUUCGGCCACGCCAUCACCGCCGUCUUAACAGGCGGCCGUGUGAAAUCCAUCUCCCUGGACCCGCGCGAAGGCGGCGUGACGCACAUGGUUGGCGGCAAGAGCGCCAUUACUCUUCCCGCGGGUUACCUGGGCUCGUCCCUCAUCGGCGCCCUGCUCAUCUUCUGCGGCUUCGACAUCGUGGCCAGCAAGAUUGCUAGUUUGGUGCUUGCGCCGUGUUUCUUGCUCACGUUAUGGUGGGGCAAGAGGGAUUGGUUGACCAUCGGAACUGUCUUGCUGGCCGUGGGACUGCUGGUGGCGUGUUGGUUUAUUGUGCACGCCGAGCCCUUGAGGUUUGUGGUGCUCUUCAUUGGCGUCAUGUCGUCCCUCUACAGCGUCUGGGAUAUCUGCGACGAUUUGAUUCUGCGCAAAGUCAACAGCUCCGACGCCAGCGUGUUUGCCAAGAGAUAUGGUGGAUCGUCCCAGUGCUGGGGUGUCAUCUGGUCUAUCAUCUCCAUCCUAUUCAUGGCGGCUGGCAUUGUGGCUGGCAUUGCUGCCUUCCCUCAGUCAUUUGCGCAGCAGGAGACGGAUUCGCAGAAUUUCUUGCCUACUCGAUAGACUGGAUAAAGGGGUUUAAUCGAGGGUUGUGGGCUGUAUAUAAUGAGCGAUGAUGCGGAAAGCCACGAAGCCACCGGUGGCUAAUGUAUCAUGUACAACAUAAAACCGGCUGGAAAUACGUUUCAUGAUGGUUGGAAAGGGGAGCGGCGUGUCAUGUACAGGCGUUGAUGGAUCACGGGUAGCCAAGAGUGACAUAGAUACCCAAUUGUAUUUUACGCAACUUGUAGUCAUGGUCAAUCCUUAACGUACUGUACGUAUCAUAGGGAAGCAAAAUAUGUAGUAUAGCCACUUGCGCUACUUCGUCCGCU